AUGGCCGCCACUCUGUGGAGGAUAAGACACCUUCAGCAUUCAUUUCCAUGUCAGUUUUUUGUUACUGUUCGUCAAAUUUGUGUUCCUAUAACAUCGGAGCACGAUUGUAAGGAAGAGAAACCUUCAAUGUUAGCUAAAAGAAAGUUAAAAGAGGAGGGAAUGCAAACGCAUGCUAAGUAUCAUAUAAAAGUCAAGGAACUUGCCGCUGAAUUUCGUCUGAAACGAUUAGAGGAAGAGAAGCAUUUAAAUGAAGAACAGCAGAAAAAAGAGGAUAUUCGAAAGUUUGAGGCCGAGACGCAUGAAAGAGUCAUCGAAAGUAUUAAUAUGGAGAACAAAAGAAUGCAACUGCAGAGGUAUUAACAAUAGUUAGUUUUUUAGUUAAGUGUCCUCAUGAUCACUUAGUGGGUUGUCGCUAUAUUCAAUGACACAAGAGCCUGUUGUCGCUGUUCACAGGCUAUCGUUGCAGUAAUAUACAACAAUACCUACCAAAGAAAAGAUACAGAACAUCAGAGUUCCCAACAUGUAGAUAUUUAGCAAUUUUCCCACAAGUGCACAUUGGAUAUUAGCUUAUAAUUAAUAAAUAGCUAACGAGAUGCAUAGAUCCAAUUUGGCUGUAGUCAUGUCUUAUAUCCAACAAGGACAUGUGAAAUAAUAACAGUGUAGUUCCAUAAAUUAUCUAUAUCUCCCCCACAAAGAAAUUAGAUUUUCCAAGGGGGAGGGGGAUGAAUUUCCUUAAUUUUCCAGUGGGAAGGGCAUGAACGCAAGGGAUUUUCCAGACAGGUAAGACACAACAAAAAAAUUACCAAAGCAACAUUUAACCUGACUCUCUUGAAGAUAACCUGCUAAAUGUUAGAAAAUCAACAGACCUCCUCCAGAGAAGGCCGUGAACUAAAAAACAGUGCUAAUCCUUCCUCCUGAAAUGGGAAAUACAGUGUACAAGCUCAAAGCUUUUAGCUUAUGUAAUGAUGAGAUAAUUUACCAUAUGUGGUCACAGCAGGCUUAUGAGCUGUUACCCUUGGUCCGUUGAGCCAAUCAAAUGCAGGAAAUCCAAUUACCAUAGACCUGUUUCUAAGAAACAUGGGAAAGUUUUGCAUUUUUUUUCAUAAUGAAUUCUCUCCCAAACCAAAAGAAAAUGACAUGCAGAUACCUGUAACAGUGGAAGUCAAUGUUCAAUUCAAAAGGACUGUAGAAAUGUACUUUAAAAAAUUACUAAGAUAAAAUGCACUCCCUGAUUGGCUGAGAGGUGUGUUUGCAUGAGAGUAUGUAAACAUGGUUGUGACGUCAAGAUGUUUUGCUGUGUGCACGGUAAUCACACGCGCAUGAAUUUGAAGACGGUUUUGAGUUGAAAACUUCGACAAGUUUACUUUAUUUACCCAUUUCCUCUUGGUCUAAAACUUUCACUUUUAAGUGAGGAAAAUCUGUAUUUUGGAAAGCAUUUUUUUGGCAAAACAAGAACUGAUUAUGUGUACAAAACUUCGGUUACAACACUUUGUGGCUGGUAAGAAUUUCUCUUUUAAUCAGUUCCAUAAAGAGAGAGUUUUACUUAAUUUUUCUCAGGGAGGUUAUUUUAUAAAAGCAAUAGAAAACUUUUUUUCUGUGUUUGCAUAGCCUGAUAUAAACACUCAAGGCGUUGGGAGAAUUCGUGAUAGUUAUGCAAACACUCCCACUUCAUCUCGGGUUGCAUAACUGUCUCAAAUUCUCCCAACCCCUCUGUUGUUUGAAUCAGGCUAUGCAAACACAAAAAAACAUUUUCUAUUGCGUAAAUAAUGUCCAUCUCUUCAUUCCUUUUGACUGAUCUCAUCGGUAUUGCAUUGUGAUACAAUACCGUAUAGUACAAUACCUUGUAUUUUAUACACAUAAAAACUUGGAGGUCUUGUUAAAAAUAACAUAAUUUGCUAAUUAAAAAUUGGAAAUAUCAACUUUAUUAAAAAACUUAAAGUAAAAAUAAAUGCUUGAAAACUAGGAGAUGUAUUUAUAGUUAUAUCACAAAAUAUGUCAACAUGUAAUGCACAUUAAAAUUGUUCUUAAUAAGCCAUCAAAAGUCUGAUGAGAUUCAAUGUUAAGAUCAUUGUUUUGAAAUACUUGGUGUGUUUUACCUGUUUGACGAAAGCUUGUUUGUUUCCAACAUUGCUUGACAAUGAGCUGUCAGCGCAUUCCUUCAAAGAAAUCCUCUUCUUCAUACAAAAAACCAUUGAAUCGAUGACACUGAAAAUGAUGUUGCUGACAAAAAUUAAUUUUGUGUAGCUAGAAAAUGUUUCCAAAUUUCACUUCUUUUGAUAGAAAACAAAGAAAGGAAAAUGAGAAGUUAUUAAAUGAACAGCUUGACAGAAGGAGAAUGGAAGCGAAGAAAAAAAUAAGGUUAAAGCAGCACCAAGAACGAGUAGAGCAUGUGAGGAAUGCUAUAGUAAGUACAGUAACAUAAAAAUUAAUAGAAUGUCAAUAAUAAUAUUAGUCCGAUAAAAAAUCAUGUGUAAGCCACACCUGUUAAAAUUGAGGGUGG